UUGCCACUGCGUUCAAAAGUGCGUGGUCCCGCUCCACAGGACCCUAAUCUUGAGGAGGACAUCAUCGACGAAGCCAUCAUCUUCUUCAAACCUCUCACUUUCUUCAGAAACUUCGAGUUCAGAAGCGAUGCGGAUCGUGUUCUCGUUUACUUGAUUCUCUACAUACUGGAAUGUUUAAAAAAACUGCAGAGAUGUCCGACAAAGUCCCAGGGAUCAAAAGAACUAACGUCUCUGGCUUUGGCACGGUUCGACAUUCCUGGCGAUCCUGGAUUUCCACGAGAGCUAAACAACUUGUACGCAAAGCCCUCCAUUGCUGACGCUGGCCUUAUGCGCGAGUAUAUCUCUCAACUGCGCACGGAGCUAGGACUCCGUCUGCUUGACAAAGUAUACGCUGACGACCAGUCGCAACCCAGCAAGUGGUGGCUGUGCUUCGCUAAGCGCAAGUUCCUGGACCAGAGUCUUUCCGCGCCGGGCACCUACUAG